UCCCUGGGAACAACGGGCGCCCUCAGAGCAGCGAGUAUCUCGGGUUGUUAGUUCGUAGCUAACUGCGUUAUGCGGUCCUCAGGCUCCGCUGCUCCACGCCCGGGUGUCCGGGGUCUCCGGAAUCACCUUCUCUGAGAAGGAGCUCAGAGGAAGAGGGAAGAACGAGGAAGGAAUGGCGCAUGCCCAGGGACUGUUUACCUUCGAGGACGUGGCCAUCGAGUUCUCCCAGGAGGAAUGGGCCUGCCUGGACCCCGCUCAGAGGGCCUUGUACUGGGAUGUGAUUCUGGAGACCUACGGGAAUCUGCUCUCCCUGGGAAGCCAUUCUCCUGGACUUAGAAUCAAGGACUUAGCGCCAGGAGAGGACAUGAAUGAAGGAGAUGUUCACCAUCUGGUGACACUGGAAAGAAACCAAAGUCGAGGCAUCGAGGAUGUUGACCCCAACGAAGUCUGUGAAGAUAAGUGUGAAUGUGCGUGUGAGCAGAGGUGUGACGCCGGAGAUGACAAAGUGCUUCUGCCGGAUAAUGGAACCCGCACUUACAGAGAAGCUCAAGAGAGUAAAUCUAAAUCCUUCGUUCAUUUUCCUCUGGAUGUUUCUGUAAGGAGUCGUCUGUAUGACUAUUUCCCACAGGACAAGCCAUUCAUAAGGACUUUGUUAGAAAUUAAAAAUAACAUAAGCAUUGCUGGAAACAAAGAUAGAGAGUGUCCGGAAGGUGGGACUGGAGUAAGGCUGCAGGCACUGGUGGCUCAACUGCAGAGAGUUCCCGGCGAGGAGAAGGUGCAUGCGUGCCGUCAAGUGGAGAGGUCCGUCAGUGGCGGUUCCUCAGGGUCGUCGCUUCAACGGAUUCCUCCUGCUGUUAUACACACUUUGUUACCUGCACCAUACAGGAGAGCACACACUAAAGAAAAAUCGUACACCUGUAAUGACUGUGGGAAGGCUUUUAGCAAAAGCUCAAACCUCAGGAAUCACAAGCGAAUUCAUUCUGGACAAAAACCUUACAAAUGCAAAGUGUGCGACAAAGCCUUUAAUCAGUGUUCCAACCUCACGACACACCAGAGAGUGCACACAGGAGAGAAGCCCUACAAAUGUAAUGUGUGCGGCAAGGUCUUCAGUCGAAAUUCACACCUUACAAAUCAUCAGCGAAUGCACACUGGUGAGAAACCUUACAAGUGUCACGAAUGUGGUAAGGCCUUUAUCCAGCAUUCACUCCUCUGGAGUCAUGAGAAAAUGCAUACAGGGGAGAAGCCUUACAAGUGUAAUGAGUGCGGCAAAGCAUUUGCCGAGCGUUCAAGCCUUAACAAACAUGAGAAAAUCCACACUGGAGAGAAACCUUACAAAUGUGUCGUGUGUGGCAGAGCCUUUACCAUGCGGUCAAAUCUUACUCAGCAUGAGACUAUCCAUACUGGAGAGAAACCUUACAAAUGUAAUGAAUGUGGCAAAGCGUUCACCCAAUGUUCACGCCUUACUAGGCAUCAGAAAAUGCACACUGGGGAGAAACCACACAAAUGCAAAGUGUGUGGCAAGGCGUUUGUCGAGCAUUCACAACUUUGGGGCCAUGAGAGAAUUCAUACUGGUGAGAAACCACACAAAUGUAACGUGUGUGGCAAGGGAUUUACCCAGCGUUCAAGCCUGAUGGCACAUCAGAGAAUUCAUACAGGAGAAAAAUCCUAUAAGUGCAAAGACUGCGACAAGGCUUUUAUACAGCGCUCACAGCUGUGGGGUCACGAGAGAACUCACACUGGAGUGAAACCGUACAAAUGCGAUGCAUGUGGCAAAGCUUUUACAAUGCGUUCAUACCUUCUUCAACAUGAAACGAUCCAUACCGGGGAGAAGCCUCACAAAUGUCAUGAGUGUGGCAAAGUUUAUACCCAAUUUGCAAGCCUCACGAGACAUCAGAAAAUACAUACGGAAAAGAAAACAUACAAGGGAAAACCUUACCGAUGUGAUGAGUGUGGCAAAACCUUUCCCUACAGCUCAAACCUCAGCAGACACCAGUUAAUCCAUACAGGAGAGAAGCCGUAUAAUUGUGAUAUAUGUGGCAAGGAGUUUAGUCGAAAUUCACACCUUGCGUGUCAUCGGAGAGUUCAUACUGGAGAGAAACCUUACAAGUGUAACGAGUGUGGCAAAACCUUUAAUCAGCGCUCCAACCUCACCAGACAUCAGAUAAUCCAUACGAGAGAGAAAGCGUAUGAAUGCGAUGUCUGUGGCAAGGUCUUUAGUCGAAAAUCAGUCCUUGCAAGUCACCAGACAGCACAUUUUGGAGAGAAAUCUUACAAGUGUAAUGAAUGUGGCAAAGCCUUUAGGAAGCGGUCAGGCCUUACUCAACAUAAGAGAAUCCACACUGGAGAGAAACCUUACCUCUGCGUUGAGUGCGGGAAGGCCUUUAGGAAGCAUUCAAACCUUACUCAGCAUAAGACAAUCCAUACUGGCGAGAAACCUUACAAGUGCAGUGCCUGUGGCAAAGCAUUUAGUGUGCAUUCAGCCCUAAGGAACCACCAGGUGAUCCAUACAGGAGAGAGGCCAUAUAAAUGUGAUGUCUGUGGCAAGGUCUUUAGUCGAAACUCCAUCCUCGCCAGUCAUCAGAGGCUACAUACGGGAGAGAAACCGUACACAUGCAACGUGUGUGGUAAGUCGUUCAUUCAGCGUUCACUCCUUUGGAUCCAUGAGAAGGUUCAUACUGGGGAGAAGCCUUACAAGUGUAAUGAAUGUGGCAAAGCCUUUCCCGUGCGGUCAAUCCUUACCCAGCAUAUGAGGAUCCACACUGGAGAGAAACCUUACAUAUGUAUCGAGUGUGGCAAAGCCUUUACGAAACAGUCCAAUCUUUCUCAACAUAAGACAAUUCACACGGGAGAGAAACCAUAUAAAUGUGAGGAGUGCGGCAAAGCCUUUACCCAAGUUUCAAGUCUCAGCAGACAUCAGAAGAGGCAUCCGGGAAAGAAACCCAAGCAAUGCAGUGGGUGUGUCAAGGCUUUUAUCCAACAUUCGCAGCUUUCGGAUGAUGAGAGAACUCAUACUGGAGAGAAACUGCACAAGUGUGACGUGUGCUACAAGGCUUGCAGCCAACAUCCAGAACUUUGGGGUCAGGAGAGAAGUCACCCCGGAGAACUCAAAUGUAGUGUGUGUGGCAAGGCUUUUAGCCAGCAUUCAAGCCUUGUGGCACACCAGAGAAUUCAUACCGGAGAAAAGCCUUAUAAAUGUAAUAAAUGCGAUAAGGUUUUUAGCCAACGUUCACAACUUUGGCGUCAUGAGCGAACGCACCUCGGAGAGAAAUCUCAUCAAUGCAACGAAUGUGGCAAAGCCUUUACGGAUCGUUCCCAUCUUAAUCGACAUAAGAUAAUUCAUACGGGUGAGAAGCCUUACAAAUGUCAUGUGUGUAGCAGAGCUUUUACCCAAUUUGCAAACCUUGCUCGGCAUCAGAAAAUACAUACUGAAAAGAAGCAUUGUAAACCUAGGAGUUCCCGUCGUGGCUCCGUGGUUAACAAAUCCGACUAAAAACCAUGAGGUUGCGGGUUCGAUACCUGGCC